GAGAAACCACUUUAUAGCAUGCAUGCCUGCCAAGAGCUGCCAGGGUUGCCCUUAAAUUGAAUCACCGCUCUUGCCUUGUUCCAAUGUUUCCCUCUUCUUAUCAACAUCUUGCUCAUCAAAUCUCGGAUCUAUCUUUGAUUACAUGGCCUCGCUACUUUCGCUUCCGCCGGAGAUUUUCGAAGCGGUCCUCGAAGAUGUCGAUGGCGACGAUGUUCUGAACUUGCGCCGUGUCAACAGACGUAUCUCUGCGCUAUCAACCCAUCAAUUCGGACUCAAAUGCCUAGCAGACUUGUCCUUUCUGUGCCAUCAAGUUAGCUUGAAAGGCUUGCUUGAACUUGUCGCUCAUCCACUGGGCCGAUACAUCAAACGUCUUACUUUCUCUACUCAUGUUGACUGGCCAUUCCAGGGCCCAUUAGUGGACAAGAUUGAACGCGAAAGACCCAGAGUUUUAGACACUUGGGACUUCGGGAAGUCUAGCUCACCGCUGACGCAAGCACUGAGAACGUUGGAUGGCCUUGGAAUCCGACCGAUCCUUGGAAUAUAUGAUCCACUGGUCCCUUGGAUAGCGCUGGACGAUACCCGAAGUGGCAGGGAAAGAAAAGGAUACGGCUUCGACAAGUUUUACGGUGAUAUGCAAGUGAAACCUACCAUGCGUACAUGGGCCCUAAUGACAGUCAGAGCUGUCCUGGAUGCCGUGGAACAAGCAGGAUUUCCACUCAGAGAAUUCCAUGCUCACUUGGAUAGUCAUAGGCGGUCUGAAGAUGGACUGGACACAGACCUGUUCGAUUUUCUCAAAUACCGAUUUAUUACUCCAGCAUUUCGCGAACCUGAUCUGGAUCUUGAAGUAGUCUACAACAGCUUCAACCGACAGGCGAAUCUGAACUUCCAAAUAAAUAUCGAUACGAAGAGUCAGAAAUAUGAGUACCUCACGUUGCCAAAUCCAGAGCGUGACUGGCUCAGACAUCCUAGAAUGUCUCUAGUCCAACGGGAAGGACUUGUCCCUAGUAUUUCGAACAUGCCCCACAAGUUCCAUCAGCUCCGUCUGGCCUUGGUCGACACUUCAUUUCGGUUCUUGACAGAACUUCUGGGUAGCCAAGCAGACACUUUGCGGAUACUUCAUCUCGAAUACGUCACAAUUAAUCUCUUCGACGAAGAGGAGGAUGACGACAACCUUUGGGCUGCAGAUCCAGAUGCUACUGGUCUGAAUGUUCUAUUGUUUCUGAGAGACGAGCUAGAUUUGGACUACUUGAGGAUGAAUCGAGUGAGCAACAGUCGGGAUCAAUCAAGAUUGAUCGGUGGCCAUGACGAUACCUGGACUACUACAGAGGAGAUUCAAGACGGAUUACAGAUGUACAUUCAAAGAGAAGAGAAUGACGAGCAUUCUGUAGAUGAAGAGUUCAGCGAUGACGAUGAAGCCGAGUGGAUCUCGGUGCAUCAUUCGGAGGAUGAAGACGAGGAGCCUGAGGAAUUUCAUGGCCCGCGAGGAAGCCAAAGAUCAUGAUUAGAGGAUAUUCAAACGCAUAGGAACGAGCAUAACUUAACAAUUCGCGACGGAAAGUGCAUGUGGUCAAUAUUGUUCCAGGGUCAGGCCCAACAAAUCGAUAUCGCAACCCCCGGGUG